GUGCUCAUGAAAAUUAUUACAACAUGACGUAGCCAACAAUUUAUUUACAAUUUACAUAAUUUUUUUGUACAGUUGUACUGCUGAAGUAUGUCGCCUGUGUGGACCAUACUGUUACUCCUACGACUUUGUUGGUCAGUGUUACCACAGAGUGGGUAUAUACAUGCUGAUGAAUUCUUCCAGACAGUAGAAGUUGUUGCUGGUGAUGCUUUGAAUAUUAGUGUGGUACAAACCUGGGAGUUUACCUCUACUUACCCUCUGCGUAGUGUUGUGCUGCCUCAGAUCAUCUUCCAGCCAGUUUUCAAGCUUCUGAAGUAUGCAGAUGAUGUAUUAAGAUUCCAUAUGACAGGAUACCACCUUGUUGCUAGCUAUCGUCUGCUUAUGACGUUAUUGAGUCUAUGGAUAGAUUAUUGUGUAUACAAGAUCUGCAAGGUCAUAGGAGUUCAAGGUCACACAGCAAACGUAUUGUUAGCCAGCUCUUAUGUGACCUUGACCUUUCAAACUCACACUUUUUCAAAUUCAUUUGAAACCUUAUUGUUUAUUACUUUGAUUUUAUUGAUUUUAAUGUGUAUCAAAAAAGAUGAGGAAAGUAAAAGAAAAAGAGUGGCAAAUCGAUUCUCUUCAGAAGUCGAUGAAUUGCGAGAUUUUUUCUCUGAUUUGUCAAGACCAGUAGAAAAUGGGGAGGAUAGUGAAGUAGAUGAGGAAGAUUUAGAUUCAUCCUUUAAUGAUUUGCAUAAAAAUGCAUUUAAUUUAAGGAAGAGAAAUCAAGAAAUUGAUUGUGAAAUUAAACAACCUAAAAGAGGUAAACAAGACGAGAAAGCAAAAGGAAGACAUCAUUUUGGAAAAGAUUCAGAACGUUCCAAAACACAGACGCAGAAAAGGCAACAGCGUUAUAAAAAUGAAUCUAUAGAGCAGAAUAGUUUAUACAUGUAUAUAGCUGUCAUGGCAGUAACAGUUACUUUUGGUGUAUUUAAUCGUCCAACAUUUGUAAUCUUCGCUGCUAUACCAUUUCUUUGGUGGACUGACAAGCAUCCUACUGGAGAAAAAUAUGUUUUCAAGAGGGCAGCUGUGUUCAUUAUCACUGGUGUGAUUUUCUCUUUCAUCUUUGUUACCAUGGAUACAGUUUAUUUCUCUGGCAUGGAAAUUUCUUCUUUACUCACACUGAAUGGUUGGAGAAAAGUGCUUGAGAACUGUGCGAUUACACCACUAAAUUUUUUCCUGUACAACAGUAUGGCAACAAAUUUAGCCACACAUGGAUAUCAUCCAUUUUAUGUCCAUUUCCUUGUGAACAUGCCACUUUUAUUUGGACCAAUGCUAGUAUAUUUGACUAGACAUGUGAUAAAAGAAUUUUUGAUUUUAUUGAAUGUUUUAAGAAAAGACAACGCAGGAUUCCAAGAAAACAAAUCAAUUCCAGUAGAAGUUAAACUUAGAAAUGACUUUAAAGGCAUGCUAUGGAUUUUUAUUUUCUUUCCUACUGUAGUACUCUCUUGUUUUCCACAUCAGGAAGCCAGAUUUCUUAUUCCACUCCUCCCACUUGUUGUUAUAAGUGUUGUUAUUUUUAGUAAGAAACUUGGAAAAAUAUUUUGGACUAUUUUUAUAAUUUUCAAUGUUUUAUUUAGUGUUGUAUUUGGCGCUCUUCACCAGGGAGGUGUUAUUCCUAGCUUAAUGAGAUUGCAAAAGUUAACUGCGACAGAAUUUAAGAAAAAUGAGAAUAUUUCAAUAAGGUUGAUAUUUUCACAUACAUAUAUGCCUCCAAAACAUGUGCUUCUGACUCAGAAUCCAAACUUAGAAUUAAAAGAUUUAAAGGGGAGUAACUUUCAAACAGUUUUUGCAGAAAUUGAAAAACAUAAAAAACUAGACAGUAGCUUUACAAGCUCCACUAAAAGCAUCAAAGGGAAAAAGAUUUUUAUUGUAUUGCCUGGGACGUUAGUUACAGAAUUUAAAGCGAGGUGUAAUGAAUCGAUAAGCAUAAAAUCAGAAAUGAAGUUCUUCCCACAUUUGUCUUUUGAAGAUCCACCGAGCACUGGAUUAAUCAACAGCUUUAAAACUUUUGUUGAUAUGAUGUCUCUUUAUUUGAUAGAAAUUGAAUAACAUAUUUUAAGAGAAUUGUAUUUUUGUUAUCACAGGUUAUCACAGUUGUUAUAAAAAUUGAGGUUAAAAUAUAUGUGCAUACUAGGAAAGUUUUCUACAUUAGAAAAGUUCUACUGUUUGGACUCACCUAAUACAAAAUAGAGUGUUUCAUGAGUUGCAGCCCUAUUUAGUAAAGUUUAGAUAUACAUGUGUAUACUAUUCAUCAUGCUAAAGGUCUCUGAGGUUGGUAGCAGGAUGUUCGAAAAUUUCAAAUAUAUAUUUUAAGGCCAAAAAUGUAGUUUUUCUUAUUUUAAAAAUCAGACAAUCACAAUUUCGAAAAAAAGCUUUUAGAAAUUUUACAAUUUUUUUUUGUAUGGAAAAGUUGCUUUUCAGCUUACUAAGAUAUCCUGAAAGUUUUAUAAUAACCCAUCUACAAAAAUAGCCAAAAUUUAAAACUUGGUGUCAAGAAUGGCCACAAUUUACAAUAGAAAAUACCCCUACCCACCAAAAUAGUUUUUAAUGAUGAAUUCAGAAUUAAGAUAUUUUGAAAAACAAAAAAGUUCCUACCACCAGUCUCCGAGUUAUUUGAAUUAUGUGAACUAUCAAUGGUAAUGUCUUAAACUUAAUGAUACAUCAAGGAAAAGGCUUAUUACUGAAUAUGUGGAUCAAUUAGUACACAUAGUCGUAAUUGUAUGCUGAAAAUUGUUUGACUUACAACAUGUAAAUCUUAAAGCAUUUUACACUUUAGAGUCAGGUUUUACAUUUUGAAACUGUAUGGCUAAAUUAAUGGAAAUUAGCAGUGUUCUUAAAUUUGACAGGUAUACUUGAAAAAGGGGCAUCCUAGCAGCAUGUUAACAAAUUUGAAAUGUCAAUCUGUCAAUGGCAUUAUAAACCUCUCUAUGUCAAUGAUAUUAUAUAAUAUUGUUGUUAUGCCCCCGAAGGUGGGCAUAUUAAAAUUGCACUGUCCGUCUGAGCACACGAUUGGUACCUUAGGUGGUAGGAGGUGUGGCCUAGGACAAUAGAAAUCCUUUAUAUUCAUUCUGUAACCACUUAAUUCUUUUGUUCCUUAAGUGGUCAUUCUAUUGUUUUCAAACAAUGGAAUGACCACCUAAUACAUGAAUCAUAUGGGAGUGCGUUUGUGCAUCCGUGUAAAUUCUUGUCCAGGCUGUAACUCUGCCAUCCAUAAAGGGAUUUUGAAAUAACUUGGCAUAAAUAUUCACCAUAAUAAGACGACGUGUCAUGCGCAAGACCCAGACCCCUAGCUCCAAGGUCAAGGUCACACUUAGUGGUCAAAGGUUAACAGGGUCUGUUUCAUAUUCGGUCCUUAACUCUGCCAUCCAUGAUGGGAUUUUGAAGUAACUUGGCAUAAAUGUUAACCAUAAUGAGACGAUGUGUCAUGCACAAGACGCAGACCCCUAGCUCCAAGGUCAAGGUCACACUUAGAAGUCAAAUAUUAACAGGGUCUGUUUCGUGUCCAGUUCAUAACACUGCCAUUCAUCAAGGGAUUUUGGAAUUACUUGACAUAAAUGUUCCCCAUAAUGAGACGACGUGUAUUGCACAAGAUCGAGACCCCUAGCUUUCAGGUCAAGGUCACACUUAGAGGUUAAAGUUUAACGGUCCAUAACUCUGCCAUCGAUGAAGGGAUUUUAAAAUUACUUGGCAUGAAUGUUCCCUAUAUAGAGAUGACAUGUUGUGUGCAAGACCCAGACCCCUAGCUCCAGGGUCAAGGUCACACUUAGAAGUCAAAGAGUAACAGAGUCUGUUUCUUGUCCGGUCAAUAACUCUGCAAUUCAUCAAGGGAUUUUAAAUUUUAAAAUUACUUGGCACAAAUGUUCCCUAUAAUGAGUUGAUGUGUCAUGCGCAAAACCCAGACCCCUAGCUCCAAGGUCAAGGUAACCUUUUGAGAACAUUUUUAUGCCCCCAGCAUCUACUGAUGCGGGAGGCAUAUAGUGAUUGUCCUGUCUGUCCGUUCGUUCAUUCGUCCUUCUGUACGAGGUUAACCAAAUGGGACCGUUUCGUCUAGCAUCAAUACCCCUUACUAGAAUGACUUGAUACUUAUGCAGAUGUAACCUGUGACCAUUCCUCAUCUUCAGACAUCACCUGACCUCAGUUUGACCUUGACCUUGACCUCAUAAUGGACUUAGGUUGCUUUAUAUGGGCCAUCUUUUGGUUAAUCAAAUGGGACCGUUUCGUCUAGCAUCAAUACCCCAUACAAGAAUGAAUUGAUACUAAUACAGAUGUAAACUGUGACCAUUCCUCAUCUUCAAACAUCACCUGACCUCAGUUUGACCUUGACCUUGACCUCGUUUUGGACUUUGGUGCAAAAUCUACCGACAAGGAUGCCACUGGGGGCAUCAAGCGUUUAUUGAAUGCAGCUUCUUGUUUAUUUUUAUUUUUUGUCUGGUCACAAAAUGAGUCAUACCUAAACUAUUCUGGCAUAUUUUGCGCAGACAACUCUAGCAUUCUUGGGCACGCUUCGGGGGCAUUUGUCACUAAUAGUGACAGCUCUUGUUUAAGAAUACAGGCAUUACAAACGAGAAAAAAUGUAUCUGAAGUGCAAUUUUGUCUGGUGUCAUAUCUCAAAAUAGUCUGCAUAGAUUAGCAUUUGAAGAAAUUGUCUGUUCCUUGUUGAGAGCAUAUCAGUAGUGGUACAGAAUCCAGAAACACUAACUAUUAGCAGUGAAGUGAUGGUGAAAAAUGGUGUUAAUUGAAUAAAAGGCAAAAGGAGAACUAGUUGAAGUUACUCUUUUCUAGAUUUUUGUCAGUCUCUAAAUACUUGCAUUUAUAAAUGAGUAAUUAUAGUGAUAAAGAGUUCCAGGUUGUAUUUAUUUAUUAAAAAACCCAUAUGCAAUUUCUGAUAUAUAAAGAGCUCUACUGAGUUACCCACACGGUACAAAUGUAAGGUGAAACGGGAAGAAUUUAGCUUUUAUUAUAUCAUACUCAUGAAGUGUCCGCUACAGUAUUGCUGAUUUAUGGUUAUUGAUACAAAUGAACUGACAUUUUUUCUGUUUAAAAUGAUAUAGUAAAAUGUAAAUCUGGACACCUGGUGUUAAAAAAAAUUUGGACUGACAUCUUGUUGUUUAAUUUUGUUAUGUGAUUUUUCAUUUUCUCUUGUUUAUUGUUUACAGUAAUCAUAUUAUGCUCUGUGAUGAUUUAUGCAAAAGUUUGGUGACUGACAAAUGUAAAUUCAGAGUUGAUGCUUCAUUCCUUAUACAAUGUAUGUUAGUGUGGCAUUCAUUUUAAAAUCUUGAUAUGAAGUUAUUGUUUGUGCCAUUGUAAAAUAAAACAUUGACUAUGUUUGCAA